UUAGUUCAGGUAAACAAUUUCAAAUGUGAAGUCAUGGAGCCUCGAGUAGCGAUUUUGGGACUGUUGGUUUCACUUUAUCUAGUUAAUUAUGUACAAGGACAAGUUAUAUCUGGAAAUAUUCUACAGAUUCUCCAACGAACAACAGGAUUUUCUAAGUUUGCGCAGCUGGUUACCCGGGCACAACUGACAAGGUUCUAUGAAUCUCCUACUACUAUGACCGUGUUCGCAUUUAACGACACAGCUUAUAACCAGCUACCAUACAGAGAACGCAAUAUAAUAGACAGCUACACAGAAACAGAGCUCAAAGAUUACCUCAAAUUCUGUACAAUCCCAGGAAAUCGCGUCGCUACAACUGCCAUCCAGGACAACCAGUAUGUGCGGAGCAGUGACUCCAAUGGCGACCGCCUCUUUUUCAAUCGCGUCCAGAGAAUGGACACAACCUCAGCUGGCACAUUUGGACCAAUCAAGUAUUAUGUCAAUGGUGUGGAGAUAUCGGAGGGAACAAAUCGUGACAUCUCCGCCACCAAUGGAGUUGUUCAUGGUCUAAAUGGAGUCAUGCGGAAAACAAGUCAAAAAACAGCAUAUGGGUGGAUCCAAGAUCCAGAGGAUGCUACACAGAGAUUUACGAAAUUCAUAGAUUUGAUGAGCUACCUAAUUGUGUUGGACAACAUUCAUGACAUUUCAUCACCAGACAAGAUUACCACCUUAUUUGUUCCCAAUGACAAUGCAAUGCAAAAGAUUCCUAUCACACAGCUGGACCGACUCAAGAAUGAUCCUACAGAAUUACAACGGAUUCUUCAAGCUCAUUAUGUUCCUAAUCGGGCGAUUUUCACCAACUGUAUUUCCCACAAUGAAGGUGUAACUAAUGCUAAAGGUCAACCAUUGACCUUCAGGAAGCCGUCAGGUUACAAUGUGUAUGUCAAUAGUGACGGGGUGAGUGCGGCCAUUAUUGAGGGAAAUAUAACGGUGUCCAACGGAGUGGUGCAUGUGGUUGAUCAGCUGUUGGGAUUUGUUUAUAACAACAUACGUGAACAGAUUCAACGAGAGGGAACGAAAUUUGAGCAGCUGAUAAAUCUUGGCACAGAAAACGUAAGGAAUUCCUUGGUGCAGCCUUCAGGGGUAACUGUCUUCGUGCCUCUGGACACAGCCUUCCAGAAAAUCGCCAACAUACGCUGGGUCAACUUAAACAGUAAUCAGACAUUAGUGGAUAUGGUGCUUCGACUGCAUAUUUUAGUACCCAACAACCCGAUUAUUAUCUCGUCCUUGCCCGCGAUGAGCGGCUAUGAGAGUCGUCAAUACAGACAAACCAUGUAUAACAAUGAGAGGGUAACCAUUUAUAAUGAAAGAAAUGAAACCUGGGUACAGGGAGGUAAUGUGAAGGCUCGUGUGAUCCGGCCAGACAUAAAGACAGUUAACGGCAUGGUCCACAUCAUCGACUCUGUGCUGGGAGUUCCCUAUCUGGAUCUGCCCAUGUUAAUCUGCCAUGACGUGUGGCUUCUGCGUACAUAUGACUACAUGAGAAGAGUGGGACUAAAGAACUACCUGACGGACCGUAGAUUCACAGCAGAGAAGUGUAGCUUCGAAAUUUAUGGCUAUCCUCCAAAUUACGGAUCAGCCGUGCUCACUAACCAGGGAACCACCUGCCCUACUUAUUGUAGCCAGGCCCAGUAUCAGAACCAGUACCCCUGUAAUACAGCACAGUGUCAGACAAAUACUGGUUCCACCACGUGUCCCACUUAUUGUGCCCAGGCGAAUUACCAGAACCAAUAUCCAUGUAAUACUGCUGUGUGUGCCAAUACCAACACUGGAGGGGGAACAACCUGUCCAACAUAUUGUUCACAGUCCCAGUAUGCAAAUCAGUAUCCUUGUAACUCGGCCAUGUGUACGUCAGGAUCUAACUGCCCUGCUUACUGCUCCCAGCCCCAAUACGCAAACUCCCAGCAAUGCUUGAGUUGUAAUGGAGGAUCAACAACCCAGUGUCAGUAUGUGAGUUACUGCAGCGAUCCAAGCAAUGCCAACAAAAGUCCGUGCAACACGUAUCCGUGCAACAUGCUGAAUGGCAUGAAUACAGGAUCACAGAGUUCCUCCGACUACGAUAUGGGGUACUGCGGAUCGACCACUGUGGCGUGCGAAUUCACAGUCUUUGUUCCCAAUUCGAGUGCUAUUGACUACUUUUCAGUGUCGCUUAAUGGAAAUAGAGUCAUGAGAGACACACCAAGAUUUCAAUAUUUGUUUAAACGGCUUAUUGUUCGUGGACGGAUUUAUAUAGAAAAAAUGGGAAAUGGAAACCACCAGAUGCAGAUGCUGAAUGGCGAAACAAUUAGUCUCACUAAAACAAAUGACAGAGAUGUGAGGAUAUACUUUGGAGGAGCAUCAGCGAAUGUUAUUCACAUGGACGAGGGGGCAACUAAUGGGGUCAUGCAUAUCAUUGACCAGUUGUUAUUUGUUCAGGACGACCUAACGAGAAAUGUCAACUCAGCGGGUCAUGUGACAUUUUCCUUUUGGCUUGUGUUAGGGACGUUAUUGAUUGUUUGUGCUAUAAUCAAUGCGAGAUGAUUUAUGAGGAUUGUUGUUGCCAUGGAAACCAUUGUCCACAUAAACUUUUUAUAUAUAUAGUAUCCAUUUUUUUUUUACGGUGUAUAUAGAUGAAUAUUUUUAUAUAACAUAUUAUAUAUGUUUCUAUUUCUUGUAACUGAUCACUUUAUGAUCAAAUGUUUAAGUUUUGAUUUUUGUAAUUCUGUGUUAAAGAUUGCUAUACCAUACAUUCCCUUUUGGUACUGUUUUUCACUUUGUUAGGACAUUGAAAAUUGACCCCUUUUUUUAAAUUCAGAGAGAGCAGGACAAUUUUUUUUUAUUUACUCUUUUUGGCCGACCUCAUGAAAAAAUAUUACUAAUACAUUCCAAGAUUUCAAUGCCAAAAUGUUGAAUUUUUAAUUAAUCAUAAUAAAAAACGGCAUAUGUGCUCAAAGCAUGAAGAGGACAAAGUAUGCAAUAACAGGGGAGGUGAAUAUGUACAAUAUGUUUUUAAGUGUAACUCUGUAAGGCAUUCCCAUCUCCUUAAGUGUCUUUAAUUCUGUAGAAUAGCUGAGCAGGUUGAAUUUAUGGCCAUGAGUGUCAAGCUGAGUAGAACAAAAUAUAAGCAAUUCAAUUUCUUUCAUAAAUAUAAAGCAUUUGCGAAUGCUAUUCAGAUUUCAAAUGAUAGAAUGUUUUAAGAAAUACCCUUGAAUUUGAUAACGCUUAUUACAAAUCUCUUUUUGUAAAAAUUAGUGUCAUUUAGAUGUAAAGUGAGAAAUAUUCAAUGCUUGC